UGCCGUGUCACCCUGUGGGACAGCACGGGCAGGGCAGGGGCAGGACUGCACUGGAGGAGCGGAGGCCGGCGCGUCCCAGGGCUGAACCGGGGGCAGGAGGGAGAAGCAGACACUGAUCCCAGGGGUGCGUGUGGUCAGGUGACCCGUUACCGGGCAGAUUGCCCUGAGGGACCGGGAUGGAACUUGUAGGGAGCAAGGCACCCCAACCCCUCUUUGGCAUCACACCUCUGACUCCUCUCAUGGAUGGGGUCUUGGGACACUUUGGAAUACUGGCCCUGGCGCCGUCGGGUCAUAUGUAUUGGGAGGGGUCCCAGGAAACAGAACCGCAACCCUGGUGGGAUAAACAGGGCGGGGCAGGGGCGUGGGCAGGGAGGUGUCUGUGAUCCUUGCCAUCGCCUGGGUCCUGAGACGGGGAGGUGAGAUGUCUGCUAAGGAUGCGGUCUUCCUUCUGUGCUAACACUGUAAACGGAGAAAGACCCCGCCAUCUGCCCACGCGGUCGCCCCAGCAGACAAAACGGCCACUGCACCUGAGCCGAUGCACCGGGGCCCUGUUUCCAGGCCAGCCCUGCCCUGCCGUCGGCCCCUGUGAUACGUCUUUUCUGCUUCUCCAGCCGGAGUCUGGGGAGCCCUCAGUGACUGUGGAUUCCGCAGACGCCUCUGCAGCCCUGUCCCCCCCCAGCUGAGGCAGCACUGCCACCGGCUCAGGCCCAAGGACGGAGCCCCUGGACUGCCAGGUUCCCUAUCCGGGAGGAGGAGAAAGAGGAGAAAUCCGUCUGCUGGGGCCUGAGCGUGGCCUGGGGGACCGACCAUCGUCCCAGGAUGCCCCUGCCCGAGCCCAGCGAGCAGGAGGGUGAGAGUGUGAAAGCUGGCCAGGAGCCGUCCCCCGAGUCCUCUGAGCCAGGGACCGAUGUCGUACCCGCGGCCCCCAGGAAGCCCAGGAAGUUCUCCAAACUGGUCCUGCUGACAGCCUCUAAGGACAGUGCCAAGGUGGCAGGGGCCAAGCGCAAAGGAGUCCACUGCAUCAUGUCCCUGGGGGUGCCAGGCCCCGCCACCCUCGCUAAAGCCCUCCUCAAGAUCCAUCCUGAGGCUCAGAGGGCCAUUGAGGCGCCCCCCCAGGAGCCUGAGCAGAAACGCAGCAAGCUGGACACAGAUGGAAAAGAAGCUGGAAGGUUGGCAGGGCAACCUGCCCCCAGCACGGAGGUGGUCGGGGAGGAGUCCACCGCAGACGCCAUCGUGCCCGGCAUGGUCCUGUAACGCUGACAAGCGCGGGUGCGCCCUUACUGGGUCAGUGAACUUGGCUGUGACCUCUGCCUGGGACCCAGUUGCCAACUGAUUUUCAUUCUCAAACACCAUGUAAUUUUUUUCAAAUCAAGCAUACAUUACUUUUGUAAGCAGAAAGAAACCCAAAAAGAAUAAAAGAAGCUAUAAGCCAGGUCCCAUUAUGGACAGGUUUUAAAACCUUCCAUGAUUUCGGGUCCUUUGAAACCCAACUGGGACCCCACCAGCCCUCACCUGGUCCUUCCCCAGGGGCUGCCUGGCCUGGGCAGUCUCCCAGACCCCCUGGCCCCUCAGCCUGGGGAACCACCAAUGACUAGGUGGGGUCUUUGAGCGUUCUCCUUCCUGCUGCUCUUGGCCUGAAAGGGAGCAGUGGGACUCCCUGCUCUGAGCCCCGGGGAAGCCCAUCCAGCCCCUUCCUGACCGUCCCUCUAGGACUUGUUCCCAGAAGGCCUCAGCCCGCUCCUCCUGGACCAUCAGGAGGCUAGCCUCUUCCAGGGAGCCACACGGACUGACAGCUUUCCUCCACCCCGCAUGGGAGACCUGUGUUCAUGGCUACCCAGGGUUCUGCUGAGGAAGGGGUGGGCCUGCGGGAUGGUGGUGGUGGGGGGACCCCGACAGAAGUGUAUGACGGCCCCAUUGUAUUCCUUCUGGGUGUUUCGGAGCUCAGAUUCCUGGGGACCUCAGCCCCUCCCCCGGCACCUUGGGUGCCGCAACCCCCCCGGAGGAGGAAGUGAAGGAACGCACGGGUACCCCCCUGCAAGCGGAAGUCAGGGUUCCCCAGAGGCCCCCCCCGACAGGAAAGGCUUCGGCCUCGCGUUGCUUCCCCACACGUGGUCCUCAUUUUUUUGAAAACUGCCAUUGGGCAAAGGACACAGAUCAUUUCUAAAGAGUUGAGUCUAGAGGCCUUAUGUUUUUAAACCUCAUUUUCCCAAACGUAACCUGGGUCUGCAGACCCCUCCAAGGAAAAGUGAGUUACUCUGCGAGUCCCCUUGCACAGCUCCAUUUCGCUCCCUUCCUUUUACAGCUGGUUGUUUGUAACAUUCAUGUUCUGGAAGCGUCGUUUUUAAAGUUCCUUUGUCUUGGCUCUGUGUCUAAAUAGAUCUCCGUUCCUCA